GCAGUAAUAAGUUCGCUGGACGGGGGCAUUUUGCGUCUUAUCAUCCACCAACAUGUUCUCGUCCCUGCAGGUGCUAUUAGGCCUAUUCACAGCAGCUUGGGCUCUCUCGCCCCCUCUGGUUUUGCAGGAUAGCGUGCAUGGUCAACUGAACCAACUGGACGAUGUUAAAGUACCCGUUGUGCUGGGUGUCAUGUCUCGUUGCCCAGAUGCAAUGUUAUGCGAGUCUGUGUUCAACCGUGUAUUGCAAAGGGUUGGAAGCAAAGUCGACAUAUCUUUGACAUUCAUUGCCAAACCCAACACUUCUGAGCCAGUAUAUGGCGUUACUUGCAUGCAUGGCACAGAGGAAUGCGCAGGCAAUGUCCAAGAACUCUGUGCUGCCAAAUACUCAUCUACUUCUGGUUGGUGGGACUUCCUACAGUGCCAGAACUUCCAAGGCAGAGAGAAGAUUGGAACACCUGAAACUGCGUUGAGCUGUGCCAAAGCCGCCGGUAUUGAGUGGGAAAACGGUCCAGCAGGCCAGUGUGCGGGCGAAGACGGGCAGGGGGAGGAAGGGGUACGGCUUCUACAGGAAAGUGUUCAGAACACCAUUAGCAUGGGAAUAACCAAAAGCUGCACAAUUAUGAUCAACAACGAAAAGGUUUGCAUCCGUGACGGAACUUGGUACGAAUGCGAGGGAGGACAUGCUCCAACUGACUUUAUUCGCCAAAUUAACGAAGAAUACGAGAGACUCAAUAGCGAUGACUGAAGCCCCAAAAGAAGGAUUCUGAUAUGACGAAACUUCAUAGGAGAGGAUGAUUUAUGCAGGAGGAGUAUAUGUAUUGAUGAAUAGCGUGCUCGACAACGAUGAAUUAACCACCGAGGAUUAAUUCAUAUACGAUAAUUACUAGAUUCAGACCUAUCAGUGGUACUAAUGUACAUAUAGUCGUAAGCAUUUGUUCCAUAAAGAUUGAGAGAGACU